AGGCUGUGUGCACCCGUGUACUGCAGUUAUCAAUUCUACAAGACGCCAGUUCACAAGACAAAGGGGGAGCCACACGGGACCCAUGUAUACUUCCAGGACAUCAAUGUCAUCUUCCUUGGAGCCAUCCAUCCCAGUGACCUGAGGGAGUACUUGGAGGGCCCCCCGAUGGUGGUGGAAGUUCAUGACCGGGACCGGAAGUCAGAAGAGUAUUCUCACAAGCUCACCCCCUUUAGAGAGAGUACUCUGGAUCCAUACAUCAACCUCCAGACCCUCAUCUCUUCCAAAGAGACAGAGAACAAUCCCUUUAAGUCCCAGAACAAGACAUGGGACCCUUACGGGGUUGCCCAGGUCAGCUUUGCUGACCUGCUCCUUGGCCACAAGUACCUGAACCUGGUUGUCCCCAUCCACAAUUGUGAGCCCAAGGGCGCAAGCCACAGCUGGGCCCUCAGGAGCAGGAAGGCUGUGGGGUCCCAAGUUCCCACCGAUAUCCUCCAGCUCAGCCCGAUGCCCAUGGGCAACUACCUGGAGGCUGAUUCACUGCUCAAACUGCGAGUGGACGUGGCAGUGCCCUUGAACGUUGGGGUACAAGCCCCCAGUGCAGACCUCACAGCCACCCGGUUUGGUCGCAUUGUUUUUGUGUUCGACUCCAAGAAGGUGUUCCUUCUGCAGAGCUUGCUGCAGGACAUCACUGCCAUCAAUGCCAAGGCCCUGGAGCUGGAUACAUACCCAGCCAAGAAUAUCCAGCAGAUCCUGUCUGCCUUCAAGAUGCGGGUGAAGAUCCAGGACCAACUGGAUAUGGAUCUGCUCACCGGCUUCCACCUGCUGGAUGGGAAGAUCCACCUCCUCAUCCUGGAAGGCUUGGCAGACCAAGGCUUGAAGCAACUGUGGGAGAAACAUCAGAGUAGGGUCUACGACAUCUGCCACAAUAGCACUAGGCUCAAGGAGGUGAUUGUGAGAGACCUGAUGCCUUCCUCUGCCAUGGUCAGAGACCUGAGCCAAGAGUUCGGGAGGCCCGUUUCACAAGAGGAGCUCACAGGUGGGGCACUGUUGACCCCGGAACCUCUGUCUACCCCCACCACGGGGGGUACCCCAAAGGAGACCUCGACUCUCACUUUCAAGAUCCAUGCUCACAAGGAGAAGUACCUGCAGUGGCGGAAUGCAAUGUUGCUAAAAAACAAAGGCCAGAAGGACAGCCUGAUCCAG